AUGGCCGAUAAUCCAGAAGCCAGUGCCUCCUAUGAUAUCAAGGAACAAGACAGGUUGCUGCCUAUAGCAAAUGUUGGCCGGAUUAUGAAGCAGAUUUUGCCACAAAAUGCCAAGAUCUCAAAGGAAGCCAAAGAAACAAUGCAAGAAUGCGCAUCGGAAUUCAUCGGCUUUGUCACCGGAGAAGCAUCGGACAAGUGCAGAAGAGAGAGGCGAAAGACAAUUAAUGGUGACGAUGUUUGCUGGGCUCUUGAAACUUUAGGAUUUGAUGAUUAUGCUGGACCAAUGAAAAGAUUGUGUAAUUCAUUAUACGUUACUGAUGAGUUUUCAGCAAUUUUAGAGGGAAGUGUCCAUUGCGAGUUCGCGGAGAUUGAUAAGUUCACAAAGGUGUCUUUACAUGCUAUUCAGGAAUAUCUGAAUUCAAAAAAUUUUGGGGCCUGUACCCUGGAUGGAGACGAGAUAAAGAAUUCUGCAGAGAAGGAAAUACAAAGGCAUGCUGAUGACGAGUUGAUGAUGGUUGAUUAUGCAUUGGCAUCCGGAGGGAGGAUGGUGGUGACUCAUUCGGAGCCUUACUAG